UCCCUUUGGAGCACGCCCGCCAUGGUGGCCCCUCACACUCCUCCUGUUACUUCUCCCCUCGCCCAUCCUGGCCAAAGGCCUGCGAAACCAGUCCGCUUUGGAUCCCGAAACUGCCGUCCAAACUGCUGCCUUCUUGUUCGUGUCAGAACCGCUCACCAAAUGCCCAUGGUUACCUCAAGUGCUACGCACUCCUACCGCUUCACCGAUGACGGUGGCAUGGAACUCUUUUCCGAGCAAGGCAAGCUGGAUGUCCUAGAGCGUCGGGUAUACCCUGAGGACAUGAUGCCAUCUCCAGAACGCCCGACUUGAAUUUCGAAGAAUUCAUCGAUUCCACGUGAUUCCUUCAUCUUUCAAUUACUAUACCUCAAUUUCUUUCAACUUUAUCACGGCUUUCAAGAAUCUUUCAAAUUCUCUG